AGUUCAGCGGUAUCGUGGAGUCAGACGAGCAGAACGACGACUCGGACAGCGAUCGGAGUGAUGACGCUAGCGACAUGGACGACGUGUACGUCGACUUAGCAAACACGUACAUUUCCAGAGGGCGUCGGACUCGCGUGAAGCUCGAGUGGUUGCUAUGGAAACGGCGGUACAUCGCGACGCAAGGCCCCACGCCGGCCACCCUGGACGCGUUCUGGCGCAUGAUCGUGCAGCACCGAGUGCACACUAUAGUCAUGAUUACCAACCUCGUGGAGCGGGGACGGCGCAAGUGCGACAUGUACUGGCCGGCGGGCGGCGCGGGCAGCUGCGCGGAGUUCGGCGGCGUGCGCGUGGCGCUGCUGCGCGAGGACGUGCGCGCCGCCUACACCGUGCGCGACAUGCGCGUCACCGACCUCGCGCGCGACUACCCGCCGCGACGUCGUCAAUAUCACUACACAGUGUGGCCUGACCACGGCACGCCGCGGCACCCCUUAGCCGUGCUGCCGUUUGUGACCGCCGCUCAACAUCCUGCCACCGUACUUGUGCAUUGCAGCGCUGGCGUCGGCCGCACCGGUACCUACAUAGUCCUCGACGCGCAACUCAACCAGUUGAAGUUGACGGGCACACUCUCACCUCUCGGUUAUCUUUGUCGAGCGAGAACACAACGAAACCACUUGGUACAGACAGAAGAACAAUACGUCUUCGUACACGACGCGUUACUGGAACACGUACGGUCAGGCAUCACCGAAGUGGAGUACCACAAAUGUCGGGAAUACUUGCAAAAGUUACUCGAAGAUAUAUCCGAAGAUGACCUGGCCGUGCUCGACCUGAACCCGCCCAAACGUAAGAGUAUCGAUGAUUUGACAGUCACUAACGGAGUCGAUGAAGCUUCCAGUGUGAAAUCGAGUCAAAUAUGCAGCGAUAAGGAAGUCGCUGAGAAUGGUAGUCAGUUAUCAAUAAAGACUGAUGAUAAUAGCGAGCAGAGUAAGUCUGCGAAUUCUGAAGCCCCCGAGGAGCAGAAGGAGGGGCUGGUGAAUGGCGAGGACGCGGAGGGAGUGUAUGACUUGGCACCAAGGAGUACUGAUACGUAUACGAAGAAGAUGGCCGCGUAUAAUAAUAUGAGUGAAGUUGAGAAGGAGGAAUUGAGAAGAGCAAACCGAGCGGAAAACUACGCGCUGUUGGAACGGAUGCGCUCGUUCGCGAACCGACACAAUACAUACCAAGGUCCACCGCCAGUUAACUUGCUAGAGAAACAGUUUUUGUUAAUAACGCGUUCGUGCGUGGACGCCAGUGUGUGCGCACGCGCACCGCACAACGCCGAGAAGAACCGUCCCGACGGCGUACUACCAUCGGACACAGCGCGGGUCAUGCUCGUACCCAAACCGGGAGUCGAAGGCAGCGAGUACGUGAACGCGUCGUGGGUGUGCGGGCGGCGACGCCUGCGCGAGUUCGCGGUGGCGCAGCACCCGCCGCACGCGCACGCCGCCGGCGACCUGUGGCGCCUGCUGUGGGACCACACCGCGCAGCUCGUGCUCGCGCUCGCGCCCGACGACGACCCGGAAUGUGAAGUAUUCUGGCCGACGGAAGAUGAAAAGGAGUUGUUUGUAGCCAACUUCAGAGCCAGCUUUGUGUCCAAAGAUACGUACGUCGCCUACCGGAAGUCCGACAAACCUGACCGAAGAUCACCGGUUACGCCGAUGGAACCGGAGACAAACGGCUACCGACGACAGGAGAGCGACUGCGCUGACGAUGAGAGGCUCAUACCGGAGAACAGUUCGCCAGUAAGCACAACAGAGCCAGCGUAUCGAUUCGACAGAACCGAGCUUAGGUUAGAACGGCUAAGCGCCGGCAACCGAGACCUAUCCGCGAGAAAGUCGAUUGCGAACGGCGACCUUUUCGCAUCACUAUCCGAAAAGAAAAACGGCCCUAAAUCACCGCGCAGCCCUUCGAAAAUGUCGCUCAAAAACUUCAAGCUGAGCUCACCUACGAAGUUCAAAUUUCCCGAUUGGGGAUCGAGGGCGGCCGGCUCGCCUCCGGACACGGCGCCUCCGCCACCUCCCGUUGCGCCUGCGCUCUCAGUGGAAGAGGAGGCGGAAUUGCGAAGACCUUGUUACCGUUUCGAAAAAGUCGAUAAAGUGCCGGAGAACACUCCGUCGGACAGAGUUAUCGAAGUGAUUAACGUUAGUGUGCAUUCGUUGCAAGACGACUAUCAGUUGACUGUGAAGUUUAUAAAGUGCAGUGGUUGGUUGGAUGGGGACACUACGGAGUACACGUUGGGCAAACCUGAGGAGAACAAGUUUAUUAAGGCAGUGCGGCAAGCGACGAGCGACAGCGAGCGGAACGAGGCGAUAGACAGGCUUAUACAGCCGUACUCGGACUCGUUCGCGCUCGUUGAGUACGUCGCCGGCUGUCAGAUGGAGUACAAGAAUGGGCCUGUUGUUGUUGUUGACAAGUACGGCGGGUGGAAGGCGAUGACGUUCUGCGCGCUAUCCGCUGCUGGCGGCGGCGCCGGGCUGGGCGCGGCGGCGGGCGCGGGCGCGGGCGCGUGGAGCGAGGGCGCGGGCGCGGACGUGUACUGCUGGGCGGCGCUGGGCGCGGCGGCGCGCUGCCCGGCGGCGCGGCACCCGCACGCCGCGCACGCGCCGCACGCGCUGCUGUCCGCGUACUGCGCGCUCGCCGCGUACGGGCCGCGCGUGCACGCGCACAGGCACCGAUCGUCGAACACAUCAAGCGAAGAGUCUCGGUAAUUGUGCACGUAAGAUGUAAUACUCAGUGUGUUGUGUUGUAUAUUUGAACCGACGCAUAGUACGUGUGGUAUAACACGGCCGUGUCAAAGAGUAUGUUGCCACGACGAUCCGUGCGGAAAUAAGUAACCACUCAUAUCCAGUAGCAUAAUACAUGUACAUAGGGCAUAUAGGCGUCGAUGGCGGCGGACAAGCGAGCUAUAAAUAUUUGUUACCGUACAGUUGUUUUUUUUGUAAUUUGCGUAAUGUGUUGCCAUAUUAACGUGAUAACGCUUCCUCAACGUAAUAUCGAUAGAUUAGACCCGUAUUUAUUUCGUUUAUAAGUGAUAGUAUCCCGCCGAUGUACUUAUAAUUUCAUAUUAUACAGUAAAUUUCGCCGCCGCUCGUCCGCUGUCACGCUGACCCCGGCCUUACCUCUGCGCAAACAUAGACAAUUUACCAUAAAUCUGUGGAGAUUCCCAUAUUCCACAAUUGACGACGAAAAACAAAGAAUUCAAGGCAUUUAUUAUUUGUAGAUUUGUUUAUCAUAGCUAAACGUAACAGUUGGAUGCUCAAAAUCGUAAUACAAUAAUUUAGUUGAAAAAAAAAAUACAAAAUAAUUUCGGAUUAUAAGGCUUCGUCUCUUAUGAAAUAAGAUGUGGCUGUGUGCGUUUAUAUUAUGACGGUAAUUGACGAUUUUUCUAGCAUUUUUUUCAUCAACACAUAUUCGAUUUUCGUUUUGUCUACUCUAACUUAGCAUUUUAGUCUAGUGUCUAGACGCAGUGCAAUAGUUUUAUUUUACUCGAUAUAAAUAAAGAUGCAUAAAUAUAUUUUUAACAUUCGUAUUUCUGUAGCCAGGUAUAUAAUCGUGUGGACUGUCGACGUAUUUUGUCGAUAUCGGCAACAUUUUUAACGAGACUAUCGAUAUUAUUGUCGAACAUAAUCGAUUUGAAUUAGUCGCUAUAACAUCAUUAGACUUUUGGAUAUUGCUGUUGUCGAUUGUCAUAUCGAUAUUGAUGGCAGCGGUUCUUGUUAGUAGUAUAAAAUAUACAUUCGAUAGUUAUGUAAUAGCCUAUUAUAGGGGGUUCGGCUGAUCACACGACACUCUUGCCUUACAUUUUAUUAACGAUAUAAUAUCGAAACAUUCCUAUCGAAUAGUAUUUGUUACAAUGUAAUAUGUUUUUGUUAUGCCAUGAAUUAGUUAUUGAAAUAUGGACUCUGCGUCAGUAACAAAAACACUAUUUUAUGUCCGAUCAGGAAGUUAUGCCUCGGUCCUUGAUUUGACAAGAUUCAUACCGAAAAACUUAAUUUAAAUGAACUUGCACAAGAAAUAUAUAAUCGACCAUAAGUACAUGGUUAUUGUAAGGGUGUCGUGUGACGUCACGCGUCGACCAACAUUUACAAUUCCUAUUAAAUCAAGCUAACGGUCCAGUAUUUUUAUUGUAAUAAAAAGAUAAUCUAGUAAUAUACGAUAUAUUUGUGAAGACUGCUUUUUAGUGGUUCGUCAAUUAAUGUGAAGGGUUCAGUUGGGGUCCAGUGGUGCAUUUACACAUUUCCCGUGCGGUUGACAAGCAAAAGUGGCACUUAUGUCAUUUAUAACAAAGUGCCACUUAAUAGAUUUUGACAGAUCACAAAGUUGAUAUUUGAUAAUUACUAGUCCACGUUUUGACAUAGAAUAAAAUAGAAAGAUUGUAUCGAAGGCAUUUGUAUAAAAAUAUAUAGUGAUUGUUCAUAUCUUUUGUAUAUAAUAAUUUUAGUGUUCCUAAAUGGUUUAUUUGAUAAUUUAGACUAACUUUUGGAUCUGUCAAAACUAUGCUCAACUGCGCUUAAAAGGUAUACAAUUUUCUACACUUUCUUGGUUUGAAAAUUUAAAAUUUCACCACUGGCAUAAGUAUACGAUGAGGUUGUUGAGAUGUGAAUAUAUCGAUAUAAUAUCGAUACUCAUGAAUGUUAAAUCGAUUUUAUAAAUUACAUUUAGAUAAAUUAUGAUAUGAUUUUCUCUCGUCGCUUAUAUACAUGACAAGUGUAUUAAUGUAUUUUUUCUUUUAUAAAUACUUAAAAAAAUUCAUAUCUCAAUGACGUCAUAAAGUGAAAGAAAGUAGGUUGUUAUUGAUCUUAGAAGGGAUUGGGCGGGUAAUGUUUGUGCGUCGGUCCCCAUGUGUGCCAUUUAAGCUUAGCUAAAUAUAUUGCGUAGAUAGUACCAAUUUUAUCCCUUAUCUAGCUUGUAGAUAGGCUGAUUGAACUUUUUUUGUAAAAAAAAAAUAUUAAUUGAUUGUGAUUUCAUCAUACAUUUAUUUUGUAUUUUUGACAAUAUUUUACGUAUUUAUUUUAUAUUUAUGUAUAGUGUUUCUGUCGAUUAUUUUAUGAAUUUAUCCAGUUGUGUGUAAUGUCUUGGAAUUAAACAUAUUCCAUGUGUUUUAGUCUUAGUAUCAAUACAUAUUGAUUCUCAAAAAAAAUACGUAUUUCAUGCCUUAUAAUUUGCCCUUCUCUCCCAGUCAAAUUCGUUGACUCAAUGUUUGCCCAGUGUGAUUGAAAAAAAAACACACACGACAUGAUUUAUUUGAAAAGUUUAAUCAUGCAGCAUGUUUAUAAAAAACUUUUUUUAUUAGUUUCCACUCUUUCAACCUAAAUUUAUACUAUUUUGAGUAGGUAGUGUUUUUUUAUUAAGGACUAAAAUACCGCGCAAACAUCCCCGCCUGCACACGGUUAACCAAAGAGGCGCGCGUAUGUAUAGGGUUAAUGGACGGGAGGCAAAGUAGCCGUGGUCGGGUGUCGCAUUAUGUAUUAGUGUUACGUACUAGUUUAAGUACAUCGUGUAAUUACUAUACUGUUUGUAUCUUAUCGUUUGUUUUCGCGAUCGAAUUUUGAAUGUUUGAAAAUGGAAUGUUUUUUUGUAAUUUAUUUUUUUUGGUCAUAAGAAGGAGUAUUGUGUCGUAAAUGUGAGAGGAUAAAAACGAAGAAUAAAUGCUGCAUAUUAGUUUUUUCGGGCUUGAUAUUCACAUUCGAUCGUUAAAACAAACAAUCUAAAACUAUACUAUUUCGAUUAGUAAACUAAUAUACAUUCAGCUCAAAUUUAUAUCUUUUUUCGAUAUGUCGACAUUGUGGAUUUUAUACCAUUUAGUUACCUAUUUUCUUUUUUAUUUUGAUAGUUGAGCAGUUUUAAUGCAUAUGUUAAGCUGUUUCUAUUGGUGCUCUUUAGGCCAGGUGUACACGAGCGUUUAAAAUCGGCAAAAUGAUCGCAGUUUAUACGCAUUCAAAUAUUUUACUUUGUAAUCAUAUUCUACAUAGUCACAAAUAAAAACGUCAGCCAAGUGAAAUCUAUUGAUUUUACCGAUUUUGUGCACUUGGCUCUUCAUCCUUGAAAUACAGUAAAUAGGUUGGUUUUAGGUCGCGCGUACUAUACAAGUUUAGUGGCCAUUUUUACCCAGCUCCCCUUAUGUUUACUUUUAACGGUGGUGCAAUGCAACGCCGCAGCAAGCAGUUGUUCCACCGCCUUUACAUGUUUAAGUGGUCACAUUACAUUAAAGGAGCGUGGGCAAAAAUGACCACGUGUUUCUAUCAAGAAAUCUUGGAAUUUUUAAUAGAUUUAAAUCCAAUAUCGACGUAUAUUUCAUAUGUUGUCGAUCGCAACUACGAUUUGGCUGCGAUGCUGGAGGGAGAUAACAAAACAAUUGUAGGAAGGUUCGAUAAUUUCAAAAGUUAAUAAAUAUAUGUUUUUGUAUUUUUUAGUUAAUCGCUGGCCAAAUUUUGUCCGCGAAAAGUAUAUGAGAGGUUUGGUUAAGUCAAAAGUACUGAUCCUAUCAUGAUAGAUCCUAUAACUCAUUCUUAUUAAUAGCAAUUUGAUGUUUAAAAUCUAGUUAGCCUCUCAAUUGCAUCGCAGUCAUAAUCGCCAUAUUAAUUCUAUUAUUUUACGUUCGAAUGUUUAUUAUUCGUUUGCAGCGGCAUUUGUGUUACUUGACGUAUAUUUUAACAAAGCCUUGAUCGAGUAAAAAAUGCUCAAAAAAAGCAAUAUUAAUGUAUUAUCAUUGGGAGUCCAUUACACACCCAAUCUCCCCUUUCUUUUUUUAAGUCGACAAUGUAAGCACGGUUAAUGGUGUUGUGCGUGUCCUUUGACCUUUCAAAACAAUAAUAAUUAUGAAAAAUGCGUGGUAUGAGACGAUAUUAAUAAAUUAAUAUAACUUGCUGACCACCAAUGAAUAUAGUUUGAUUGUCAUAUCCAAUUGGCUUAUUCUAAUUGAUGUAUUCUCUGGAUCAAACCGAGGAUAGGGAUCAGGAUUGCUAUUGAUCUAAACGUUAUUUAAUAUGACAAGUAGCACGAGUGUUCGCGAGUAGACUAAGCCAUGUUUAUUGGAUAAGUAUGCUAGUUAAAACGUAAAUGUUCCAUGUUGUACGCCUGAGACAGUGUUGCUGUAGCGCGUAAGAUGUAAAAAUGUUGCCAGUUUAUAAAAAAAACGUGGAAAUGAUAAAAUUAAUUACUAUCUGAUUGGAAAUGUGAGAUAUUUUCGUCUAAAUGGUGCAUGUUUUUUUUUGACAUAACAGGCGUGGAUUCAGUGGGGGGUCAUGGGAGUCAAUCGCGUUCAACCAAUAUUUUUUUUUGUAAUGCUUUGAUAAAUUGCUGCUCACCGUUUCAUAUUUCCGAUCAGUUUGUAAAGUUAAUUACCGCCUCUUUAACUGUAUUGUGCCAAUUUUUAAUAAUUCAUCCCAUUUGACAUAUUCCAAUUGUUUGUUCGUUAGGUUUUGUCUUGUCCAUAUAAUUGACUGAUGCGUACACACUCCAUUUAUG